CACACUCCUGUGCGGUAGGUGGCGGUAAUGCACCAUAAGCUGGAUGUCAGACAAGUAGCGGAAGCAGCUGCCACCGAAAGCGUUGUUGCUAGUUGUCGCCGCCAGAAUUUGAGCCAGUUUCUUCCUUGCAGGUUGCUGAUUUGUUUGAACUGGUGAAUCUCUGAAAAUGAGUGAUCAGAAAAGUGACCAAAGUGAUGUGGACAGUCUGUCCGACAGUGAGGAAUCCGAGCCAGAAGAACAACCAAAUACAACUCCCUUUGACCAAGAGCUGGACCAUGAUGACAAUGAGGACGGGGACUUCGGAGGAGUUGUCGUCUCUGCUCCAGCUGCUCAGAUGUCAUUCAGUCUGAGAGGAGGGGGCUCAGCUUUCUCCAACCGCAGCCAGAGUAUCUUUGACAAACUGGACAAUGCGGUCCAGCGGACCGCAUCUUCUACGAGCCAGGAUAACAUUACAGAUGGAGUGUUUGCUUUGCCUCAGCCUCCGUGUCCCAGCUUGAAAAGGAGCCAACCUCAAUCCACCAGCUCCACACCCCCAAAAAAGAAAGAAUUCCCAGACUACGUGGCGCACCCUGAACGUUGGACCCACUACAAUCUGGAGGACGUGACUGAGACCAGUGAUCAAGACAACAGCAGGGUCGCUCACCAAUUCCUGUCCAGUCUGAAGAAGGACAGAGAGUGUGAUUCCCCCUGUAACAUCCAGGAGAAGAUGAUCUUCUCCAGACCAAACAAACUGCCUAAGGACCAGACAGCAGAUCAGCCGUCAGCUGUCAGAGCAAAUGCGAGGGGGAUGCAUCUUAGUCAUCUGGAAGACGAAGAGGGUUGGAUGGAGGCCAGAAAGAAAGAAAAGUCUGGAGGAAAUGGAACAGAGCAGGAGGAAGAAGAGAUCAAGGAGAGAAAGACAGACAAGGAGAAAAACAUUAGAGUUUUGGGUCAACCAGAGGAGGAGAAAAAGAAACAGAUGCCUAAAGAAAGAGAGGAGGGGACGGGGGUAAAGACUGAGGAUGCCAAGCCCAGCUUUACCACCUUCAGGAAACCUAAGAGUAAAAACUACAGGAAGAGUACAGAGCAAGAAGACAACUGACCGUGAUACAACUAUCACUUCUUCACUGUCAUGAUGAUCCAAGUAGAAAACUCCCUGUUGUACAGUCACGUGUCAGAGCUCCAUCACCAAACCUCCUGCUCUUUAGUUCAUCAGAUAUUCUGUGGCCUUGCUGGUAGAAAGUUUCAGGUCAUGAACAGAAUAGAACAAUCCAGUAGAUUUACACUCUGGACAAUGAGGAUGACAAUUUUGAGUCAACUAAAUUCCAGGGCAAAAGCCAUCUCUGAGGAUCAACACCUGUACAGUCCAAUACUGGCAAAUCAUUGUGUUGUGUCGUUAACUGUUGUAAAAUGUUUAGUUUGUGUUCCAGGUUUGAUCAAUAAGCUUAUAUAGUGAUGGUGGUGUACUGGACUGCUGUGUAUUCAGAGGUUGUUCCUAAUGUAAAUAUUAGAAUGGACUCUGAGUAUGAUGUCAUCCUAUAUAACAGCACCUUUAAACAGAAAACUGGAUUCACACAUUUCGGGCAAUAUUAACAACACCUCAAACUUGAUAAAGAGAAAUGCUGUGACAGAACUGGUUGAUGGCUUGUAUCAUACAUAUAAACCUAAUAAAAUGGACCUUGUGUUUAUGUAA